AUGGGCCUGUUUCAGAAGCAUAAUUGAGACAAAUGAAGCAUAAUUGAGAGAAAUCAAGUCAGCGGUGCACUCGGAAAGAUGCUAUCUCAUUAACCGCAUUCACAUUUCUAACCUCAUGGUUUGACGGAUUAUUUUCUGUAAAUUGUUAUUAAUCGAAAUUACGGUUCCUAACUUCGAAGUCCUUUAACGAUAAUGAUAUGCAGUCACGAGAGAAAUGUGAAAUUAUAUUUAUGGUCCUUCCAAAGAUUUCUGCUGCUUUCAAAGACCUUUAAGGGGAUAAAUUGGCGGACGUUGAAAAGUCAACUUCGAAGGAUGGGAAACCAAAAUUCCAAAAGACCCGAGUCGGGUGACGACAUCAUAUCCGAGAAGUCCUUGCAAGCGGUGAAGGAAAGCAUUAACUUCCUGAAACAACACGCACGCGAAGAGGGUCUGUUUCGUCGAGCCGGACGUCGGGAAUUGCGAAAGCAAAUUCUAACUGCCCUGAAGAAAGGCGAGAAUCCAAAUUUGGAAAAUCUAGACGAAGCUGCCUUGGAAUGCGCCGCGGCUCUUCAGCUUUUUGUAAGCCGCUUGAAGAAGCCAGUUAUGCCUCAGCAUGUGCAAGAACUCAUUCUUGCCGAUAAUCCAGGAGUGGAGGCGCAUAUAGUAGCUCGAGAUGCUCUCGGCUUAAUUCGUCAAGACGUAAGUGGUCGACAUGGAGAACUUCUGGCUGAUCUUUUGGGUUUAUUAAGGCAUUUAACCCUCACCGCUCCUCCGUCUGAAUGUUCGGAAUUGAGAGGCUCUCCCUUGCCCGUGGCUCUACUUCCUGUUUUCUUCACCCUUACCCCGGCUGACCUGGUAAAAUGGCGUCAAGUAGCGGCGCGAUUCAGCGAAUUAAUUACCGAGGCACCUACGCAGCUUCGGGUUAACGCAAGUCCGUCGACAGACGACCAAGUAAUGAGGGAUUUCAUCGAGCUUGAAGAAAAUGGCGCUGAAGAAUCGGAACAGCUCGCGAGAUUACGCGAGCUCUCGCUCUUCUAUCCCUUAAUAAGACUAACGAAUCCUCGAAACGCGCGUCAAGUCGGAGAAAUGGCUCGAGUUCUCGCAGCUCCUCUGCGUCGACCACCACCGAGCAGAUUGCAUCCGGUUAUCUCCCGUACAAUUAGAUGAAGUUUCGUUUUCGAGGGCAGAUAUCCUUAAUUCUUGACCUGAGAAGCGCCACGAUAAACAAACGUGUGCCUCAACAGCUGCAAACGCAAGCUUAAACAUUAAAGCCAACAAAGGAAUCGGUAAACGCCAUAAAACUGUGGAAAUCAUUUGGACAUUUAUUUUCUGUAGCAAGUACCUCUACGUACUUAAGAAAAGAUAUACAUUCACCUAUUCAGAGUGUGAAAAAUAAAUUAUGUACAACCUCUGCAACGAGAUCUAACUGGGACCUGAAUACUGAAGAUAAUAGCACAGAACUUUGGUCUUAAGGGGAUGCGAAAGUGGCAUCUGAAGAGUCAAUCGUUCAUGAAACUUUUUUACGAUCUGGGAGUACCGAAUCGUUUCAACGUGAACAUGGAGGCUGUAAG